AUGGCAGGCCGAUUCGUGCGCGCGUCGAAGUACCGACACGUAUUCGGAAAGUCGACACGCAAGGAGGGAUGCUACGACAACCUGCACAUCAGUCGCAAUGCCUGGGACACGAAUCUUGUCAAGGCCAAUCCCGAGUACCUGGCUGUCAAUUGGGAGGCCAGUGGUGGCGGCGCGUUCGCUGUCAUCCCGGUGAACGAGAAGGGCAGGUUGCCUGAGCAGAUCCCGCUGUUCCGUGGGCAUACGGCGCCGGUGCUGGAUACGGACUGGAACCCCUUCAAUGACCGUGUGAUCGCGUCAGGGUCGGACGAUGGAAAGGUCUUUAUCUGGCAGGUCCCGCAGGGCUUCUCCCUCUACUCUGAUGCUGAGGAGCCGGUGGAUGUUGCCCCCGUCAGCAAACUGACUGGGCAUUCAAGAAAGGUCGGACAGGUCCUGUUCAACCCCGCGGCGGAGAAUAUCCUUGCGUCGGCAUCUGGCGACUAUACGAUCAAGCUCUGGGACGUGGAGAGCGGGAAGGCCCACCUUACGCUAAAGCAUGGCGAUAUCGUGCAGAGCUUGUCAUGGAGUGCAAAUGGAGCUAUGCUGGCUACGACAUCCCGGGACAAGAAGCUGCGAGUAUGGGAUGUUCGACAAGAGAGACCAGCACAUGAGGUUUCAGGACACAGCGGAGCGAAGAACAGCAGAGUGGUCUGGAUGGGCGAGCACAACCGUUUGGCUACGACUGGUUUCUCCAAGAUGAGUGAUAGACAGAUGGCAUUGUGGGAUGUGGGUGCUCCUGCGGAGCCAUUGGGUGGCUUCACGGUGUUGGAUUCCAUCUCGGGUGUUUGCAUGCCUUUCUGGGAUGAUGGAACACAAUGUUUGUACUUGGCAGGAAAGGGUGAUGGCAACAUUCGCUAUUUCGAGUACGAGAACGACAAAUUCGAGUUCCUCUCCGAAUACAAGUCUGGAGACCCCCAGCGAGGAUUGGCGUUUGUCCACGAGAACGAGGUUAUGCGAGCAUACAAGACGGUCAACGACAGCUACAUCGAACCCAUUUCCUUCACAGUCCCCCGCCGAGCCGAGGUCUUCCAAUCCGACAUCUACCCACCAGCCACCGGCCUCAAGCCCGCAGUAUCAGCCGCAGAAUGGCUCUCGGGCAAAGACGGCGUCCCAGCCAAGAUCGACCUCGAGAGUAUCUACGAAGGCAACGCCCCCGUCGAAGUCGCAUCUGACUACAAGCCACCAACCCAAGCAGCAGCUCCUGCGCCUAAGCCAGCUCCGAAGAAGGAAGAGCCAGCUCCUACGCCCGUCCAGCGAGCUCCCCCACCAACCAUGUCCGAGCAGAAGGGAUCGAUCUCAGCCAUGGCAUCGAAAUUUCAGGACGAUGGUGGAGAUGAUGAGGAUGACGAUGCCUCCAGCUUUGAGGAAAUCGCCAAGCCCGUCCAUAAAUCUAUCCCGGUCGCUGCUCGCGUGGAAUCCAAGCCUGCCUCACCUACCAAUGUCUCGCCUACCAAAACUGAGGCCCCGAAGCCAUCUCCUGUCACCCAAGCUACACAGCGCUCUUACGCAGCACCUGUGGCUCAGAAGUCACCUACCACCAUCCCCACCUCUUCUGGACCAACCUCGGCUGUAGGAAGUUCGAGUGUGAAUGGCGCUGUCGAGAACAGCCUGGCGCAGAUCAAGGAGUUGCUGGAGGCGCAGACGCGGACGCUGAACGCGCAGAGCGAGAAGAUUGUGGUGCUGACGCAGGAGGUUGACACGCUGAAGAUGCGGGUCGCGAGCGGGACGCAGGAUCAGAGUGAGAGAAUCCGGCAGUUGGAGCUGGAGCUGGAGGCUUCGAGAUCCUAG